AUGGACUUUAAGACACUACCUAAACCGCUCCUACCUCAAAGAUCUCUUCCAUCUAGAAGUGGACACUCCUCAGAAGAGAUGCGUAUCCAAAACACGAGCUCUGUUCGAGGAAGGCAGGUGUCCCCUAUCGAUUGGGCGGGAGUUGGUGGGGGCUGGCACAGCUAUAUAAGCCACCUCCGACGAGCCGCCCCCAGUCACAUGUCAGACAGCGACUGGCAGAGAGUGGAAGCUAGCUACGCCGAGGAGGAGCUAAGGAUUCAGACUCGUCUCAGGCAGCUGUGA